GAAUCAUGCAAGUCAAGACCUUCAUCCUUGAUUCUUGAUUCGAGACUACUCUCAAACUCAAAACUCUCAAACCGAAGAAUUGACCAUGCCUCGAUUGCCUCAUCGCAUCUGUGUGGCUACCAGCUUGCUAGACUCGAGACAGUAGAUCCUGGUCACGACGGCGCAUUCAUUGGAUUCAUCAACGAGAGUCUCGAAGCGCAACAGCAGCGCAUGUAUCCUCUCGGCGCGAGUCUGAUCUCAUCAGGACGGCUUUGACGAUGACGAUCGAUCCCCGUGGUCAUGGGUCAGACCCUUCCGUCUGGCGGAUGAAGAGCUCCAUGUACGCUCCGAACGUAGAAGAGAUCAAUGCGCUGUCCGCUUCGAUUGAGCAGCUGCCAGAGGGUAGCCGAUGUGCCCACCAUGGCAAGAAGGAUAUCGAGGAGCUAGAAGCGGAGCUCGAUGAGGAAGAGCGGCUUGAGCCGCGCAUCGGCGUCAAGUCUCUGUGGGAUCAGCUUCUCGAGGCUGCUUGCUCGCUGGAUGGAGAUGACCUGUCCAUGCUCGGAGCCGGCGCUAACAGAGGGCCGGAGAGCUACGACGACGGGCUAGGGUCUGGUGCUGCUAUGAGCGAAGUGCAGGCGUUGGACGAACACCUCGAGAUGAAUGUCAGGGAUAGCGCGGUUGCAGCGGCGAUGCGCUCGACGGUUCUGGAUGCUCUGUCCAGCAAAAGAUCAUCUGACGAGGUCAGCGCUGAGCUGGCCGAAGCUUUAGGCUGGGAUGCCCUUGGCUUGGUCGAGCAGCUCGUGAGCAAAAGGUCCGAGAUUCAAAAGUCUUUGCUUGCACCCAAAUACGCACAGCGAUCUCAAGCAUUGGAUCCUAUCAAGACAGCACCAAGCUUUGCAGCAACACAUACCGGGCUGCGGCUACAGAGACAAUCCGAACGUCGCGCGCAGCCCUACGUGCCCGGCUCACAGAUCAAAUUCCAGAGCUCAGACGAGCUCGCAAAUAUUAAGAGGGCCAAAGCUGAAGCAAGAAAGCUCGCUCGGACUCGUGCAGACCUGGAGGCGAGUCCAGGUUCAGCAGGACAGCUGAGUCUCGAGGAAAUGGAGCGAAUCAGAGAAGAGCAGCUCGCAGCGGCUGCCAACAGGCCUCUGUUCACGGGCUCGUCCACUUCCUCCUCGGAGCCACAGUAUCCACACGUCUUCUCAUCGGGUGCAAAAGGUAAUAUACUCAGUACAAUGGGUCAGAAGUUCGCCUUGCCAGCCGGCACGACGCGGACGCCAUUCGAUGGGUGGGAGGAGGUGAUGAUCCCACCGCCAAAGCAGCUGCCUUUUCGUGACACUGAGAGGCUAAUCUCGAUUUCUGAGCUACCAAGCAUCUUCCAUCAAGCGUUUCCUGGCUACAAGAGCUUGAACAGGCUCCAGUCGGCGGUCUAUCCCCUCGGGUUUGGCACAAACGAGAACCUACUCGUCUGCGCACCUACCGGUGCAGGAAAGACCGACGUUGCUAUGCUGACAGUCUUGCGAACCAUCAGCCAAUAUGCCGACGAGACGAAAGCGCGUGGCAACCUGCACCAGCAAAUCCGCAAGGAUGACUUCAAAAUAAUCUACGUGGCGCCAAUGAAGGCGCUCGCGUCGGAAAUCGUGCGGAAAUUCUCCAAAAGAUUAGCAUAUCUCGGCGUCAAGGUGCGGGAGCUUACAGGUGACAUGCAGCUCACGAGGCAAGAGAUCGCAGAGACGCAAAUGAUCGUCACGACUCCAGAGAAGUGGGACGUAGUAACACGAAAGCCAUUAGGAGAAGGAGAGCUCGCAUCGAAAGUCAAGCUACUGAUCAUCGACGAAGUGCACCUGCUGCACGAAGAGAGAGGAGCAGUCAUCGAGACAAUAGUGGCAAGGACAUUGCGACUGGUAGAGUCAUCCCAGAGCCUUAUCCGGAUCGUGGGUCUCUCUGCAACCUUGCCUAAUUACGUCGACGUGGCCGAUUUUUUGCACGUCAAUCGAAUGCAGGGCCUGUUUUACUUCGACUCAUCUUUCCGACCGGUGCCUCUUAAACAGCACUUUCUUGGUAUCAAGGGCAAAGCUGGAAGCCCUACUUCUCGUGCAAACCUCGACAAGGCUGUGUUUAAAAAGGUGUCGGAUCUUUUGGGUGAAGGACACCAGGUCAUGAUAUUUGUUCAUGCCAGAAAGGAGACCGUCAAGACCGGCAUGGCGCUACGAGAAGCUUUUCGGGCCGAAGGCUUAGAGCAGCUGCUGCAGGAGGGCAAGGAGAACGCCAGCACUGGCACGGCUACGGCUUUGAUGAAGAAAGAUGUAUCAAUGAGUCGCAACAAGGAGCUUCGCGAGCUCUUCGAGAGCGGCAUCGGCAUCCAUCAUGCGGGGAUGCUGCGUCCCGAUCGCAACCUGAGCGAGAGACUGUUCGAGAAUGGACUGACCCGUAUCUUGUGCUGCACCUCAACUCUUGCUUGGGGCGUAAAUUUGCCAGCUUACGCCGUGCUGAUCAAAGGCACGGAGGUGUACGACUCGAGCGUUGGUCGCUUUGUCGACCUCUCGAUCCUUGACGUGCUGCAGAUCUUUGGACGUGCAGGUCGACCGCAGUACGAAGACUUGGGUGUAGGUUUCAUUUGCACCAACGAGGACAAGCUUGCGCACUACAUCGACGCAAUCACUUCUCAGCACCCCAUUGAAUCUAAAUUCAUCACCGGGCUCGUCGACUCACUAAACGCUGAAGUAGCUCUGGGGACGGUCACAAGUCUUGACGAUGGACAGACGUGGCUUUCAUACACGUACAUGUUCACAAGGAUGAGGCGCAAUCCUUUAGGUUAUGGCAUGGGUCACUCGGAGGUCGCGGAUGAUCCGCAGCUCGGCGCUAAACGUCUGCAACUCAUCCAGUCUGCGGCUCGUCGCCUGUCUGCUUGUCGCAUGUGCGAGCUAGACGAGACCGCGGGCCACUUGGCAAUCACAGACUUGGGCCGCAUCGCGGCGAAGUAUUAUAUACCCAAUGGCACCAUCGAGAUCUUCAACGAGAAGCUCAAACCUCGCAUGACAGAAGCCGACGUUCUAUCAGUGCUCAGUCUUGCUACAGACUUUGCCCAGAUUAUACCGCGCGACAGCGAAGAAAAGGAGCUCAAGAAGAUGCAGGAAAACGCGCCGUGCGAAGUCCCCGGCGGCUACGGCCAUUCUCCUGGCAAAGUCAAUGUGCUGCUUCAAGCUUACAUCUCCAAGGUAUUUGUCGAAGACUUUGCCCUGGUCUCGGACUCGAUGUACGUGGCCCAGAAUGCCGGCCGUAUCAUUCGGGCAUUGAUGGAAAUAGCUCUAAGCAAGAAAUGGGCCAUGACGACCACCUCACUAAUCGCGAUGAGCAAGGCGGUAGAGCGUCGCAUGUGGCCAUUCGAGCAUCCAUUGGCUUUGGAGCAGAGCAAGCUAACGCCAGAGACGGUGUACAAUAUUACUAGAUGGGCCGACGAGGUAGAUGUCGGCACAUUUGCGAAAAUGUCGGCAGCCGAAGUAGGUGAUUUGAUCCAUAUGAAUGAGCGCCAAGGCGGAUUUGUCCGGCAAGCGGCGCGCCACUUCCCAACACUCACUGCAAAAGCAGACCUACGUCCCCUCACUUACGACCUUUUGCGCAUAUCUCUGGAGAUGGAAGUGGACUUCGAAUGGAGCGAGCGGUUGCAUGGCGGUAUGGAGCCAUUCAUCGUAUGGGCUGAAGACGAAAGUGCAACUGAAAUUCUCCAAUGGCAGCGCAUCAGCUUGCGUCCUCAGACGACGAUGGUGAAGAUCUCUUUCGUCAUUACUUUGUCUGAGAAUAUCCCACGCGGUGUCAACAUUCGAUGGAUCUCGGAUCGGUGGCUCGGUGCAGAAGGCGAGUUGUGGCAGUCCUACGACGAUUUGCACAUGCCAGCCAGGCCGCCUUCCUCCACCACGCUUCUCGAGCUUCCACUUCUGUCUGUUCGUGAUGCGCUCCACAGCCAGGUGGUCGAAUCGGUCUAUUCUUAUAGCUUCAAAGCCUUCAACGCAAUCGAGACGCAGGUGUUCCACUCCGCGAUGCACACCCGUUCGGACUUGCUGCUCUCUGCGCCGAGCGCAUCGGGAAAGUCAACACUCUGCGAGAUGGCGGUUUGGAGGGCCUUGAGAAAAAAUAGACUUGGGACUGUUCUCGUGGUAUUACCCUUGCGCAGUCUUGCACACGUGCAGGCUGAGAGCUUUCGCCGACGAUUCAAAGACCUUGCAGGUGUCACGGUCCGUGUGGCGCGGAAGCCUGCAGACUUUGCAGAGAGCUCGCCACCCACGCCGACGGUUCUGUUUGCUGAGCCAUCACUGUUGCUGCGAGCGAUGCGCUCCAGAUCGGCCGAACACAUCGACGUGAGGGCUCAUGUCCAGCUUAUUGUGCUCGAGGAUCUGCACAUGCUGGAUGCGACCUACGAGACCUGCAUCACGCACCUCCGCCGCACAAUUUCACGAGACCAGACACGCAUUGUUGCUACAACUUCAAGCUUGGCAGACGUGUCGAGCUUGCAAGAGUGGCUCAAAGUGAAACCCGCCUCUACGUUUGAUUUCCAUCCAUCACAUCGACCUUCACCGCUGCGUCUCGACAUUGAAGGAUUCGACCUGCCGCACUCUCUGCAUCUUCUCAAAGUCAUGUCAAAGCCAGCAUAUGAUCGGAUCAAGUCAGCAAUCCACCGCGGGUCAUGCGUCGUUUUCGUGCCCUCUCGAUCGCAGUGCUCAGCGACCGCCACUGAGCUUUCCACUCGCUCUGCGACGGAUAUAGAAGCGGAAUCGUUUCUUACAGUUCCGGAGACCGACCUGGAGCCGCUGUGCGACGUUCUAAGCGACAAGGGUCUAAUCGACCCUCUACUCCAUGGCGUCGGCAUCUGGCACGAAGGCUUGACCGCACGGGAUCAGGCAGUCAUGCUGGAUCUCUUCGAUCAGGGCGCCAUCAGAGUACUCGUAGUGCCGCGCGAAGCGUGCUGGACACUGACAUUGCGAGCCGCGCUGGUCAUUAUCAUGAGCACGCAGUACGUGCGACUGGUCGAUAUGUCAGCGUUGACUGGCGCAGAGAAGGCUAGGGCCACGGAUCGUCAAGUUGUAGAUUAUAGUCUGAUUGAGCUUACCAGGAUGAGCAGCUUAGCUGUGCAGCCUGGAUCUUCGAGCCCGCUGGGAGAAUGCACGAUUCUGACUCAGGCGGAUCAAGUCGAUUACUUGCGUCGUAUGCUGUCCUUCGGCCUACCUCUGGAAUCGAGUAUUCUCGACAACCCUGCACACCUGCAGUCUAUUCUCUUUGAGGAGCUGUGCAGCGGCAGAGCAACGACCAAAGGCGCCGCGCUCGACUUCCUCUCUUGGACGUACCUCUUCGUACGAGCGUCAAUCAACCCAUCCUACUACGGCGUACGCUCGGAAUCGUCUUCAGAUGUUGGUGCAAGACUCUCUGAGAUUAUUGACCAAAUCUACGAGCAAUUCGUUCAAGCAGGCAUCGCCGAGUGGAAGAUCGUGCCGCCUUUCGAAGAGAUAUCGCUGAAUUUGACGAAGCUAGGCUUGCGGCUGUCGAAGGCUUCUGCCUCAGAUCUGUCUUCUCUCUUGACAAUGCACGAAGCCAGUCGCCACGAUCCUCACGUGGCUGCGCGCGUGAUCGCAUUGCUGAUGGAAAGGAAGAUCUCUUCGCCCGACUCCGCUGCUCGACCCACGUUGGUCGCGCACGCCGAAUCCAUCAGAGCAUCUAUACCGGCAGCGUGGCUGACUGCAGCCCACAUCGCUCGACCCGACAAAAAAGCCAAGACAUCAGAAGAUGGGAUUCCCGCACCGCUUACCAAUGAACAGCGCGACACCCUACUCAUCUUGGCCUACUUUUUGAACAAAUCUACGGAGCGCGUUACGAAUGGAGCGCUUGCGAGCAGGAGGGAGCGCCAGGAUCACGACGAGGACUCGUCUCACGCCGAGUUGCUGAGCAGACAAGUCGAUUUGAUUGUUGAGUUGCUCGAUGUUGUCACGAACAGCAGGCGUAGUCGCCACCGGGGCGAAAGCACUUGAGCAAUGGUUCACACAGCCUGUUCAAUCAAAUGCAUUCUAUGCAAAUUGCGAAUAGAUGUGCACUCAUCCUAGUCGGAGCCAAUUUGAAAUGCGUGGUCACUUAGGGCAGCGAUUUGCCAAUGUCUUCCUUGGCCGUGCCCUGACAUGAGGCGCCUCCAAGGUCUCGACGGGCAGACGAUGAAAUUCGUGGGACUCCCUCGGAAUGCACCCUUGUAUCAGCGAGUCUUUUUGAUU